AUUAAACUUUUCUUAAAUUUUUCUAUAUAUAUUAAACUUUUCUUUCAAUCACUAACAUUUAACCAAAAUCAAUACAUUUAACCAAAAACAGUUUUAUAAAAUCACCACUACAAACAAGUGUGUGAGUAGCAAUAACCGGAGAAACCUUAACCAGAAAAGAAAAGAUGAACAGCAUAACCAUUCUAUCAUUGAAACCCUGUAUUCCUCCUAACAAACUUCUUUUCCCCAAAACUUUCUCCACAAAAUCAACAACAAUACUUCGUGCAAAUCUUCAGCCACCCAAUUCCACCAACACAACAUCCCAACAACAACAACAACAACAGCUCAAUCUAUCCGUUCUUCGCUUCACAUUAGGAAUACCUGGGUUUGAUGAAUCUUACUUGCCUAGAUGGAUUGGUUACGCUUUUGGUUCUCUUCUCAUCUUAAAUCACUUCCUUGGUUCUGAUUCUUCCACCAUUACACCACCUCAGCUUAGAACAGAGGUUUUGGGUCUGUCUUUGGCUUCCUUCUCAAUUCUGCUGCCUUACCUUGGUAAAUUUCUCAAGGGUGCUCAACAAGUGGAUCAAACAACUCUACCAGAUGGAACACAACAAAUAUUUGUCAUGUCAGCCGAUAUAGCGGAUGGUCUGAAGGAAGACCUAGCUUGGACGUCAUAUAUUUUGCUGCGUAAUACAAAUGCCAUAGCUGCGCUCAUUUUGAUUCAAGGAGAAAUAUGUGCAAGGGGCUACUGGAACGAAAUCGAUGAUUCAUCAAAAGAAAUUCUUCUUGGACAGUUUAGAAACAAAAUUGAAAAUGCUGGCCUCAACAAUUUGAAGGAGACCCUAUAUUUUCCACAAGAUGCAGAUUCUGAAUUUCAGGAUCUUCUACCUAAAGGGGCUCGCUCUCUUCUGGUGCAGCCAAUAUUACAAGUUUCUAUGGAGAGUGCUACUGAUUCGCAAAAACCGGCGGGAUUUAUUCUGCUGGUCUCGACCACGAGAUAUGCAUUUAGCAUUAAAGACAGAGCCUGGAUUGCAGCUGUUGCCAACAAGCUUAGAGGUAACUUGAAGUGAAGAGGUAGUAUACUUGCUGCAAGGAUGGUAAUGUGGUAACAUAAGGACGGACCAGGUUGUGCAUAUUAUGCUUGCUACAAAUGUGUAUAUCACAAAUGAAAUACACAUUUGUGAUAUCAUCCUUGAAAGUGUAAUUAUACAGCAAGUUGACCUGAUGAUCAGAAAGAUACUCUUGCAAAAUCAUGUACAAUGAAACUGUCCAUAUUUAGUAUCCGGCCUUUGAUCAAAUAGAAUUACCUCCCAUGGAAAAAAUUAGGAAAGACCAGGUUGUGGAUAUUCCAUCAUCUCUCAGAACUUUGAUCCAGUGCUUUGUGGCUCCAAUAAGUGUAAAAGUUAUCUUUUGAGGUAUACCAAGAUUAAACAUUUGUUCAGUACAUUUGUAUAUUUUAAUCAAAACUUUAUAACUAUAAAUUUGGGAAAAUUGAAUAUGUACAUGAUAAACAAAGUCGUUGAAUGAAAUGCUAAUGUCAAAAAGUGAAUGAUAAACUAA